AUGAACACACUAACACACGUUCCUCCCGGUUUUCGCUUCCAUCCCACGGACGAAGAACUCGUGGACUAUUACCUCCGGCGAAAAGUCACCGGAAGAAGAAUCGACUUAGAUGUGAUCAAAGAUGUCGAUCUUUACAAAAUCGAGCCGUGGGAUCUUCAAGAGCUAUGCCGAAUAGGAACAGAAGAGCAAAAUGAAUGGUACUUUUUCAGCCACAAGGACAAAAAGUACCCAACGGGCACUCGCACAAACCGGGCCACGGCCGCAGGUUUUUGGAAGGCAACGGGCCGCGACAAAGCCAUAUACACCAAACACGACUUGAUUGGAAUGCGCAAAACUUUGGUGUUUUAUCAAGGAAGGGCUCCAAACGGUCAAAAGUCGGACUGGAUAAUGCACGAGUAUCGUUUGGAGACGGACGAAAAUGGAACUCCUCAGGCAAGUUGGGUCGUUUGCCGAGUGUUCAAGAAGAGAAUUGCCGCCAUGCGUAAAGUCAACGAUCGAGACUCUCCCAUUUGGUACGAAGACCACGUCUCGUUUAUGCCUGAAAUCGACUCCCCCAAACACCAACCGAACCUCCACUACACAUACCCUUACAACAAUGACGCUACUAACUCGUGCAAGAAGGAAAUGGGUUUAAUCCCAACCGACCAUUUCCUCCAGCUCCCAAAUCUGGAAAGCCCGAAGUUCCCACACGGUAUGGGCUCAGGCCCAAUGAUCCCAUCCUUUGGGCCCACAAACCCGGCCCUCUUGGGAAACAGCUUCCAGCUGCAUGGAUCAGGGCUUGCUCGGAAUAUUCACCAUAACCAUAAUUUCCAGUCGGAUGAAGAUCAGUUGACCGAUUGGAGGGUGCUUGACAAAUUCGUGGCCACACAGCUCAGCCAAGACAAGAUUUCAAAGGAAAAUGAUGAUUUUUGUAGAGACGGUGAAUUGAGUUUGGUCGUGAAGAAAAUUGUGCCGGAAAACGGUUCGAAUUCGUCGUCGAGCUCCCAGAUUGAUCUCUGGAAGUGA